AUGGGCCAGGAAAACAAAAGCCAGAUAUGGGUGAGAGAGUUCAUUCUGCUGGGGCUGUCCAGUGAUUGGGUGACUCAGGUCUCCCUCUUUGUCCUGAUCCUGGCCAUGUACGUGGUGACUACUGUGGGAAAUGUCCUCAUUCUUGCCCUGAUCAGACUGGACAGCAGGCUUCAUACCCCCAUGUACUUCUUCCUUAGUGUUUUAUCCUUUGUGGACCUUUGCUAUUCAAACAGCUUUGCCCCACAAAUGCUGGCCCACUUUCUCUCAGCUCAGAAGUCCAUCCCAUUCCACAGUUGUGUGCUCCAGUUCUACGUGUCCCUGGCAUUGGGUGGGUCUGAGUUCUUCUUGCUGGGAGCCAUGGCCUAUGACCGCUAUGUGGCGGUGUGCCACCCACUUCACUACAUAGUCAUCAUGCAUGGAGGGCUGUGCCUGGGGCUGGCUGCCGGCUGCUUGGUGGCUGGUUUCAUGAAUUCACUGAUGGAAACAAUCAUCACCUUCCGGCUUCCUCUGUGUCACAAAGUUAUCAAUCACUUUGCCUGUGAGACCCUAGCAGUGCUACGGCUAGCCUGUGUGGACAUCUCCUUCAACAAGAUCAUGGUGGCCAUCUCAGGAUUUCUGCUGAUCAUGCUUCCCUGUUCUCUGGUCCUCUUCUCCUACGGUCGUAUAGUUGCUGCCAUUCUGCGCAUUCGUUCUACUCAGGGACGCCGCAAAGCAUUUGGGACUUGUGCCUCCCAUCUCACUGUGGUUUGCAUGUGCUUUGGGGCAGCCAUCUCCACCUACCUGAGGCCACAGUCAGCUUCCUCAAUGGAAGAAGAGAAGAUGGUUGCUCUAUUCUAUGCGGUGGUGGCACCUAUGUUGAAUCCCUUGAUCUAUAGCUUGAGGAAUAAGGAAGUUAUGGCUGCUCUCCAGAAAGUUUUGGAGAAAUUCAGAGAUAAACGGUAA